AUGGAGUACACCGCCUCCCCCAAGCCGCAGCUCUCCUCCCGGGCGAACGCCUUCUCCAUCGCCGCGCUCAUGUCCAGCGGGAGCUCCAAGGAGAAAGAGAACGCCGAGAGCACCAUCAAGCCUCUGGAGCAAUUCGUGGAGAAGUCGUCUUGCUCCCAAACGCUCGGCGACUUGCCCGCUUUGGAAACGCCGCCGGGGGAUUUCAGCAGCGCCAGCCCCUCUUCCCUGUGCACCGAGCCCCUCAUUCCCACCACCCCCAUCAUUCCCAGCGAGGAGAUGGCUAAGAUCUCCUGCAGCUUGGAGACCAAGGACCUCUGGGACAAAUUCCACGACCUGGGCACCGAGAUGAUUAUCACCAAAUCGGGAAGAAGAAUGUUUCCGACCAUUAGGGUUUCCUUUUCGGGUGUGGAUCCGGAAGCCAAGUUCAUUGUGCUGAUGGAUAUCGUUCCAGUGGACAAUAAGCGGUACCGAUAUGCCUACCACAGGUCCUCCUGGCUGGUUGCUGGCAAAGCGGACCCUCCUCUGCCUGCAAGACUGUACGUGCACCCGGAUUCUCCGUUCACGGGGGAACAAUUGCUGAAGCAGAUGGUGUCCUUUGAAAAAGUGAAGCUAACAAACAACGAGCUGGAUCAGCACGGUCACAUAAUCUUAAAUUCAAUGCACAAAUACCAGCCUAGGGUGCACAUCAUCAAGAAGAAGGACCAUACAGCUUCCUUGCUUAACCUGAAGUCUGAAGAAUUCAGGACAUUUAUAUUUCCAGAGACGGUGUUUACUGCUGUCACUGCCUACCAGAACCAAUUGAUAACCAAGCUGAAGAUUGACAGCAACCCAUUUGCUAAAGGAUUCAGGGACUCAUCUAGACUCACUGAUAUUGAGAGGGAAAGCGUAGAGAGCCUUAUUCAAAAGCAUUCCUAUGCACGAUCGCCCAUCAGAACCUAUGGAGCAGAGGAUGAAGUUCUGGGAGACGAGAACCAAGCAGCCCAAAGCAGAGGAUCAGCUUUUACCACUUCUGACAACCUGCCCCUCAGUUCCUGGGUCUCGUCGACAUCAAGUUUCCCGGGAUUCCAACACCCGCAGUCCUUGACCGCUCUUGGUUCCGGCGCUGCGUCCAUCGCCACGCCGAUCCCUCACCCGAUCCAAGGCUCCCUGCCCCCGUACAGCCGCCUGGGAAUGCCUCUAACCCCUUCUGCCAUUGCCAGCUCGAUGCAGGGAAGUGGCCCGACGUUCCCUUCUUUCCACAUGCCCAGGUACCACCACUACUUUCAGCAGGGUCCUUAUGCAGCGAUCCAGGGACUGCGCCACUCCUCCGCUGUGAUGACCCCUUUCGUAUGACUGACCUAAGUAAGGCGAGAGAAGCCAAGACUU